AAGGUCAUAAAUACCUGCUACUCACUUAUUCGUGCCGAAAUAUUUAGUGUAUUUGAACUUUAGUUUUAACACCUGGAAUUUGAAAUUCCUUGUGCAUGGUUAGCAUUCUAGAACCAUCUCGAUUCGGGCAUUUCCUGCGACCUGCGAGGGCAGCGAAUGUCUUUGGGCACUUGGCAGGCUCCUUUUGCUCCUAGAGCCCCCCUUUUAGCCACUACUUUCUCCACCUUUAUCCCUGUGGAUUUUACCCUUAAGCUGUUCCUUGCUUUUGCAUUCCAUAAACCACAAAGUAUGAGUAAGCACUUAACCCUUUCUUUGCACGCCGCUUUCUCUUGCCCCUUUCUCCGCUCUCUCCCUCUCUCUAUUUUGCUCUCUUGCAUUCCUGACACGCAUUGCAAGUCUAACCUUUCACAUUUAUGCGUUGCACACGCCCAGUUGCCGCCCCCUUUUUCUGUUCCAGUUAGUUUUAUUCAAUUUUUGCGCUAUUUUUACAGAUGCAAUUUUACAGCGGAAGCGAGGAAAUCGAGACAACCAUGGAGAAAGUUGGAGAAAGGGGUGGGGAAUGCGAAAGAGGGGGUUCGAAGGGGCGAAGUGUGUGUGUGUGUGCGGAGAAAGGAGGCUGCCUAAGUGCUUCGCCCAUUAAAGUAUGCAAUCAUUUUGCGGUUAGUUGCCCUUGCCUUCCUGCCACUUGAAUCACCCCUUCAACGCCACUCCUAUCUUUUCCAUUUUCCACUUCCCCUACCCCUUUUUCCCUUUAGCAAUUUUCGUGCCUUCGCAGCUGCAUAAAUUUCGCGGCUGGCAUUCGCUCUUAACCAAUUUGCUAAUCCGUUCGCCACUUUCUUGACAGCAUUAACAAUUUGCACGGUUUGUUCACGGUUAUUAACAACUUUAUUAUAUAUGGUAGCUGAAUCCUAAAUGCUUUCCACUUCUCUAAAGACUCAUGGACAUAAUUUCGCUUGUUUAAAAUCAUCUUAAUUCAUUGAACUUUUCAAGUCAAAAUUUCGACAAAAAACUCAUUUGAUUUCUGACAUUUGUGCCAUAUUUUUUGUUUUGCCUUUUUCUCUGGGCCAAGUUCAUUCAUAAACAAAUUAGUGAAAUUUCGUCUGGCUCUUUUUCUUCUUCUUCUAAGUCUAUGCCCCCAAUUAAAUCGAAAACACAACGUUCCCACCUUCCACAGUUCUACUCCUCCGAUCUUAGAAAGAAAACCCGUAGAAGCUACGUAUAAAUAAAUAAAUAAACAAGCGUUUAAUUGAACCGGAAAUUAUUGUGUGUGGGUUGUAUGAUUGCUUCUUCUUCUCUAUCCCUCACGUAUGUGUGUCGGAAUGCAUUAGUGUGUGUCUUUGUGUGUGUGUGUGUGGUUCUUAUUGGAAUUUGUUGUUCACUUUUAUUUAGUUUUAUCCCACAGAUGUUGUUGUUUGUUCGCAUUGCGUUUUAGUUCUCCAACUUGUUUGCCCAGUUGGUUUAUCGUGGCUGGAAAGAGAGGGGUGUACUAGUUGUGAAAGAGAAGGAGACAUGUGUGCCAGAGAAGAUUUCUUGCUUUCGGGCAACAAAAACAUAUACACUCUUUUGAUUAGUUCUAUUCUUAGUUAUGGUAACAAGUGCCACAGAUUUAAGCUGACAUAGGGUUAUGCAGUUAGGUUUAUGGAAUAUUUAUCGUUUGACUUACGCUAUAAGCUUGUCUUAGAAUUUAUACAAUCCGUUUCUAUGCUGUUAUUUUAAGCUGAUGAUUAGGCUACCUACUAUUCACUUAAAAUAAACAUCUCAAGAGCUUUACAGAGAAUUCGGCAAUCAUCGUUUACAUUAGAAAUUGGUACUUCCCAUCUGAAUUCCAUUAAUAUGCAACCCUUCACAUUAGCGUGAUAUUUUGAAUUUCCUUGUAUGGGUGUGUAUCUGUUCUUGCACGUAUCUGUGUGUCUGCUUUGUGUAUCUUGCAGCACAUUGUAGUAAAUUAUACUUGACAGUCGUUGCAUGUUCGACUUGCGAUAGUCGACAGUUUCCACUUCCAUUAAUGGCUACUCAGCCACGCCCCCCACUUGUUGAAUUAAAUAUAAUUCGAUGUUAUUUAUUUGACUGGAGAAAUUCGAGUAGCUAUCUUCGCUGGAUAAUCUGGUAUCUCAACAUCGUAAUUACUCACUGAGAAGCUAUAAAAUAUCCUGUGGACAUCGAAAGACAAUUCAGUACCGCCAAAAUGUCUCGCAUUGUAACAGCUUUCAAUAAAACGGUUGUGGAAUAUUUUCGAAAAACAAGUCUGAACGGCUUCGGCCUGCUGUAUUUUAUAAGAAAACGCAGAAUUCAAAGAAUAUUCUGGUUUUUGUUUAUUAGCAUUGGCAUAGUUUUCGCUAGUUAUGCAGUGUUCUCAAUGAUUCUGGAAUUCCUUAGCUAUUCAACAAUUGCAGAUCUCUCGGAAUUAAAAGUUUUGGAAGAUGAAAUAUAUUUUCCCGAGCUAAAAAUAUGUAGUGGUUAUAAGUUUAGUCACAGGAAUAUGUUAGCUUCUGCUCAUGACUUAGUUAAUUCUCAAAACAAAUCGCUGGAUUUUUGGCUACAAAAACUAUCAUUGCUUUCUGGAUACUUUGAUCCUUUGUCUGUGAAAGAAGAGGAUGUUGAUGAUAUUAAUUCUUUACUGUAUAUAAAAAAUAUUUCUUCCUUUUUACUUGGCUUAACACCAGCAUGUGAAUCUUUGAUACUCAGGUGUAAGGUGAAUAAUAUUCCUGCCAAUUGCUCGAAGUUAUUUACAUUAAAAGCUUAUAAUGAUGGAAUUUGUUGUGUCUUAAGGAGAGGUAAUCUAACUGGAGAGCUCACCCUUUUUAUGGAUUCAUCUCAUAUAGAUGAAUAUCCUUUAAAUGGAAAUUUUCCUGGCUUUAGUUUGCAUGCUCCAAGUUGGCAGGGUAGAGUUAGUAUCAACCCUGGCGAAAUAGCAGCUGUGGAAAUAGAAGUUAUGGAACUUCAGGGAAAUUCUCAAUUAAACGAGUAUGCCAUAGAAAAGCGAGCUUGUUAUUUUUCUCAAGAGGGUGAAAGUAGGGAAAAGUGCCUUCAUGAGUGCAGAAUAAAAGCCACGUUAAUUAAUUGCCAGUGUGUGCCGUAUCCAUUCGAGUCUAGAAGCGAAAAGUUUGGGCAGUGCACUUUGGAGAAUAUAACAUGUCUGCAGUUGGUAGAAAGUGAGUUUCGAAUUUCCUAUAAUUCCUCAAAGGUAAUUAAUUCUUAUUAAAAUAAUCCAGGAAACUGGUCACCAGCUCAAUGUCCGCAAUGUUUGCCGCUCUGCAAUCAACUGUUUUACAGAUUGAACAAACAAAUCCUUGGGCAUUUGCAUCCUUGGAGAAGUGAGUUGAAUUUUAAAUUUAAAGCGCCACAUCGACAGCUGUACAAAACAAAUAUACUCUAUCAUUGGUAUCAAAUGCUGUGUAAGUUUGUUUAACGUUUAACACAAAUACACAUGCCGAAAUUACGUACAUACAUAUUUAUUUAACCAAAAGCAAACGUUGGCGGCGUUCUGGGCAUUUGCAUUGGCUGCUCCUUUAUCAGUGGCUUCGAGCUGAUCUACUUUCUGGUCUUUCGCCUGUGGUCCAACUAUCUUCGACAGCCCGAGACUUAAUUAAGUAAAAUGUUGCGCAUACGCCAUGUGGGCAAAUUUGUUGUGAUUUAUCUCGUUGACAACGUGCCAGCGACAGGGUCGCAUUAAUCUUGAUGACUUGAAUUGUAACUGAGGCGAAAUAAACGAGUGAAAAAGAAUGGGGAACGAAAGGGUGGCACUUGGGAGCCGGAUUGUGGGUGGGGCUUAGCUGGAGUGUGCCGAUCAUCAAGGUUAAGUGGUCUGCUGAGCCCCUUUUCAUCGUCUCAGCUUGUUCGCCAUUCGUCGCCUGGGGGGCCACUUGAUGACUACUGAACGGCAACAAAAAGAUUCACAAAUAUGUCUCUUCUUGUGUAUAUAAACUGGAAAAAAAUGUUUUAGCAUUGAAAUGCUCUCUAAAACGAGAAGAAAAUCUUUUGGAAUACAUCUAUGGCAAUCCAAAUGAAUAUAAAAAGUUGAGGGAGGUG